ACCCAAGUAUUCAAAUUUGUUGCAGGGUCGAGGACACAUGUCCAUGGAGGAGCCCCCCGCCAGGAAUGUCAUGUGGAGGACGGGGUUCAACCACCUGCCUGCCCACGCUGACGACGACUACCUCAUCUGCCACGAGAAAGAUGCCAGGAGCAAGUGCCCACCCUGUGGUGACAGUGCCGACACUCCCCCACCCCACCCUCACGAGGGAGGAGGACAAUGGGCCACCGGCAUUAUCUCCCGCACCUACACCAUGGGACAGGUGAUAAAUGUAAAAGUUAAUGUGACCAGGAGUCAUGGAGGGCCGAUCGAGUUCAAGUUAUGUCCUCACGACAACCCCAAAAUUCCUGUCGACCAGCACUGCCUCGACCAGUACCCACUGAAAGUGGUGGGCAGCAGGUCUCGCUCUGUGCCAAUCAGAGCUCCCUACAAUAGUCCUGAGCAAAUUAACAUUAGGCUCCGCUUACCCUCUGGUGUCUCCUGUCAGCAGUGUGUCCUUCAGAUGUCUAAUUUAGCAGAGGAAUUCAAGCCUCAGAAGAUCAUGUUCCGAAAUUGUGCUGACAUCGCCAUUGAAGGAACAGCCAAGACUAGCUUUGCAGGGGGCGCAGACAUUGGUCCUCCUGAACCUGAGUUUGUGAUCAGCAGUCGCUCUGGUUUUGAACCAGCACCUGGGGAUCCUAUUGUCUUCCCUGAGCAGAAACAACACAAAUUAUUCUUAUACUAACAUGAAAAUAAAUACUAUUAAGUA